UACCCUCGUCGUCUCCUCCAAUCAUGUCGUCGUUUCAAAAUCCCAGUUUCUCACUGAAGAAGCAAGAAGCUCUUGCUGGGGGGAGUUCAAGUUGAUUACUCCUCAAUCGAUUGUAAUUUCCUCGGGAAACUCCAUCCACAAUUCGCAACGAGGUGUAUUGAAAAGUUUGUGUUUUUAAUUCUUUGGUUUUACCAACUCCAUUAGCAAGGAACAAGAAUGCAAAGUCUUAGUCAACUUGGACCUUCGGAGAUUUUCCUAGUAGCUCGAAGAGAUCAACCCAGUACGAGAGCACAGCUUUGGUUUACGGGAAGACUCUCUUUUCGACAAGUAACAAAUGGGGUUCGUUUAAAGAAUAGAGUAGAGUUUAGUCCAAGACCUGUGCCUCCAAAUCUGAUUGCAGCAGAGAAAGAAGAAGCUAAAGCUGUUUUAACUCUAUUCUUCAAGAAGCAAGGUCUUAGCAACAGUCUCUCCUCUCGGUUAAUCAACAAGUCUGAUCAAUUCAUUGACCAUUUAGUCUCCAGGCUUCACUCUGUUCAUAAAGCCAGAUACCUCGUAGGAAGAGAGCUAACUACUCUUGAGAUCCGAGACUCUCUUGAACCUUACCUAGAACAACUUCAUGAAGAACACGGUAAUCUUCUCUCUGACCUUGUUGUGAGCUACCCAGAUCCACCAGCUGAACCUAGACCUCUUGCCUCAUCUCCAGUUCCGGUCUUACAACCUCGUGGUGACCCAGAUUCUGCUGCAGACAGUCGGAAAAUCAGAGCCGUGUCUCGUGUCAGUGAACUUGAUCAAGAAGGUGCAUUACGUCCUCAGACUCUUUACCUUCUUGACCUCGGUUUAAACCUAGAGGAGAUCAAAACGAUCACUCGCAAGUUCGCUGCUUUUCCUUAUUACAGCCUCGAUGGAAAAAUCAAACCUGUCGUUGAGUUCCUUCUAGACCUUGGAAUCCCUAAAUCAGAUAUCCCCACAAUCCUAUGCAAACGCCCACAGAUAUGCGGAAUCAGCCUAACCGAUAACCUCAAACCGACAAUGGUCUUUCUCGAGACACUUGGCAUUGAUAAGACUCGAUGGGCAAAGAUUAUUUCCCGUUUCCCAGCAAUCCUCACUUACAGCCGCCAGAAACUUACUUCAACUGUCGACUUCUUAACGCAAGCUGGUCUCACAGAAGAACAGAUUGGGAAGAUCCUAACACGAUGUCCUAACAUCAUGAGUUACAGUGUAGAAGACAAGCUCCGUCCAACUAUGGAGUACUUUAGAUCGCUUAACGUGGAUGUUGCGGUUCUCCUUCAUCGAUGUCCUCAAACGUUUGGAUUAAGCAUAGAGUCGAAUUUGAAGCCAGUAACAGAGUUCUUCCUUGAAAACGGUUAUAGUUUAGAUGAGAUAGGGAUUAUGAUCUCAAGAUAUGGAGCUUUGUACACAUUCAGCUUGAAAGAGAAUCUGAUGCCGAAAUGGGAUUACUUUCAGACAAUGGAUUAUCAAAACUCAGAGCUCGUGAAGUUCCCGCAGUUUUUUGGGUACAGUUUACGAGAGAGGAUCAAGCCGAGAUAUGAGCUGGUGAAGAGAAGUGGAGUGAGACUGCUGUUGAACCAGGUUUUGUCGCUGUCGGGAGUAGAGUUCGAGAAACUCGUUAAGAAGAAGAUGAUGAAACUUGUGUCUGUUAACAACAUUGCUGAACAAAGUAGUGGUGAUUUGUUGUGAAUUUUCUAGUUUGGAGUAAUUAAUUUUGCAGGAGCAUAUUUGCUGAA